UUCCAGCUAAACCUCAUUUCAUUAGCCUUGUUGGUAUAUUUUCACACCAACGGAAUAUGCAGGUUAUGUUGUACUAGCUCACUAAAUAUAAACUAUAGCAACAAUUUGGACUGUGAUCGGGGCUUUACUCGUUCUGCAUGCGCUGCUGUUGUCGGCUAACAUUUUUAGCAACUAGGCUAACAUGAGUGCUGUGGUAACCGCGCAUAUUCUCAACGUUACAAGAAGCUGCUCUGUCAAAGUGUAUAACGGUACUCACUAAUGCCACAGCUCACUGAUGUAACAGUUGCGUUGAAGAAUAAAAGAGUCACUGUCUUGCCUUCUGUAGCACCAUGCCGAAGAGGAAAGUAACGUUCGAGGACGGGAACGGGGAGUUUGACCUGGAUGACGACCUCCCAAACAAAAAGAGUUGUGAGCUUGUUAGUGGUCCAGGCUCCAGGUUUAAGGGCAAACAUUCCCUCGAUAGUGAUGAAGAGGAUGAAGGGGAUGACACAAGCAGCAGCAAAUAUGAUAUUCUGGCCAGUGAUGACGUGGAGGGCCAAGAGGGAGCAACAAUCGACUGUGAUGAGGGAGUUCCUAUUACACCUUUCAACCUGGAAGAAGAGAUGCAAGAAGGACACUUUGACUCAGAGGGAAACUAUUUCAUCAAAAAGGAAGAACAGAUUAGAGACAACUGGCUUGACAACAUUGACUGGGUGAGAAUAAAAGAACAGCCUUUCAAACAAAAGAAGAAAGGUCUUGGAGCCAAACGGACACGCAGAGCUGGUGAUGAGGAUGAGGCUGAGGAAGAGAAACAAAGAGAAGAGCAGCAGGCAGACCGGGAAAACGAAGAAGAAGAGGAGGAGGAGCCGGAGCCUGCAGAGGACCCGCUGGCAUCCUACACACAGCACCAGCUCACAGAAGCUGUGGUCGAACUGUUGCAACCUGGGGAGACAGUUGCAGCAGCACUCCGACGGCUAGGAGGCCUUGGAGGACGGAAGAAGGGGAGGCUGAGGGAAGAGAGUGAACCUACAGAGGAGACCAAAAGGGAUACAGAAAAGCUCGACAGGCUCACAGCACUCGCUGACAGAUUGGUGGGAUCUGGGAUGUUCGAGAUCUAUCAGCAAACAUAUGAAAAACUGGGCUAUUUGAUGAAGAGCAUGAGUAGCAAGCGACCAGCUGUGAAGCAGAAAGCCGGUGGUGAUGGUGAUGAUGAUGAUGAUGAGGGUGAUGAUGAAGAAGGUGAUGAACUUGACAUGUUCGCAGAUGAAUUUGACGACAAGCAUGGUGGCAAAUCAGAGAAAAAAGCGGAGGAAGAAGACAAAAGAGUGAGUGAUGAAGUGAUGUGGGAGUACAAAUGGGACAAUGACGAUAAUUCGGAAAUUUACGGCCCUUUCACCAGUCAGCAGAUGCAGGACUGGGUUGAUGAAGGCUAUUUCAGCAGUGGAGUUUACUGCAGGAGGAAGGACCAGGAGGGAUCUCAGUUCUACAACUCCAGGAGACUUGACUUUGAGCUCUAUACAUGAUUUAUGUUCAGCAUCAAAUUAAUCACAACCGUCAUGAUCACUGUCAGCAUUCAUGUUUUGCUCUCAAUCUCUCCUCAGUCAUUUCAUCCAGGGCUUUGGUGUCAAAUCUAUUAUUUUAACACGGGCUUUGUUUUCUGUACAUUGUUUUUAAAUAAAUAAUUCAUCUAUG